GACUGAAAACUUGUACAAUGGUGUGAAAGAGAUGGACGUUGAGGUUCAUGUGUCCGGACCACAGGGCACGCACGCGCGCGCGCACACGCACACACACGUAGUUGUGAAUCGAACAUGGCGACUGUACCCGUCUAUUGCAUCUGCAGAUUACCUUACGACGUGACUCAAUUUAUGAUUGAAUGCGAUGCUUGCAAGGACUGGUUCCACGGCAGUUGUGUUGGUGUGGAUGAAGAUGAUGCCCCAGAUAUUGACGUAUAUCAUUGUCCAAACUGCGAGAAGACCCACGGCAAGUCAACAUUAAAAAGGAAAAAGAAUUGGAACAAACAUGACACUUGGCAAAGCACAGAUAUCCGAGCUGUUCAGAAUGGCAGUCAAGUUUUCAUAAAGGAGCUCCGUAGCAGAACAUUUCCAAGUGCUGACGAUAUUGUUGUUAAACUAAAUGGCAAUCAGCUGACAAUGGAUUACCUGGAGGAAAACGGUUUUGAUGAACCCAUCCUUGUUCAGAAGAAAGAUGGUUUAGGCAUGUCUAUGCCACCUCCCACCUUCUACAUCAGUGAUGUGGAAAAUUAUGUUGGUCCUGAUGUCGGUGUUGAUGUUGUUGAUGUCACUAGACAGACUGAUAGCAAGAUGAAGCUUAGAGAGUUUGUUGAUUAUUAUUACAGCACAAACAGGAAGAGAGUAUUAAAUGUAAUCAAUCUGGAGUUCUCUGACUCAAGGAUGAACAGUAUUGUGGAGAGCCCUCAAAUUGUGCAGAGCUUGUCUUGGGUUGAAAACUACUGGCCUGAAGACGCUCUGCUUGGAAAGCCAAAAGUCACUAAAUACUGUCUGAUCUGUGUCAAAGACAGCUACACAGACUUCCACAUUGAGUGUGGUGGUGCCUCUGUCUGGUAUCAUGUAUUAAAGGGAGAAAAGAUCUUCUUUCUCAUCAAGCCCACAUCUGCCAAUCUUUCUCUGUAUGAGCGCUGGAGGUCAUCAUCCAAUCACAGUGAAAUGUUCUUUGCUGACCAAGUGGACAAGUGUUAUAAAUGCCAUCUGAAGCAAGGACAGACUUUGUUCAUCCCAUCAGGUUGGAUCAAUGCUAUUCUGACUCCUGUUGACUGUUUGGCAUUCUCUGGCCAUUUUGUCCACAACUUGAGUGUCGAGAUGCAGAUGAGAGCAAAUGAAAUUGAGAAGCGGCUAAAGGUGAAAACCAUCACCCCGUUCCCAAACUUUGAGACAGCAUGCUGGUACGUGGGACGCCAUCUCCUUGAACGAUUCAAAGGAUUACAUAAAGCAAAUAAGCAGCCAGCACCAUAUCUGAUCCAUGCUGCCAAAAUCAUCAACGGAGCCUUUAGAGCAUGGACAAAAAAGCAGGCCCUCUUAGAACAUGAAGAUGAGCUUCCGGAAAACAUGAAACCCUCACAGCUCAUCAAAGAUCUUGCCAGAGAGAUUAGACUCUCAGAGAAUGCAACUAAAGCCAUUAAAAGUGAGGUGCCAGUGGAGGGCGCCCGAUCACCCCACUUGGAUCCAGGAGAUCCUAUUUCACCAGCUCAGGUUCCCUCACCGAGCUUUGAAAUAGCCAGAAAGAAAGCCUUCAACCCCUCUAAGCCCCAUAGACCUCCCAAACUCCCCAAACCUCCGAAAACGCUAAAGGCCAAACACGGAGGUAAGAAGAAAAUUAAAAAUAUAAAAGAUUCACCCCCUCCACCUAAACCCUCCAGUUUCACAGCUCUGGAGUCCCAUGCAAAGGAUAUCUUGAGUAAGAUGGACCAGCCAAAGAAGCCAAAGGGUGUGAGGAAUAUUGUGACGAUAUCAGAAAAGGAAACGUUGAAGCAAAACGAUGUGGAAAAGUUUGAAAAUAGAGAGCAGCAUAAAAACAAGACUGAAGCAAGAUGGAAGUACAAGAAUAGUAAACCAGACUCCCUGCUAAAAAUGGAAGAGGACUGCAAAUUUGACAGGACGUCAGUUUUAGGCAAUAAAAUCAGCUUUACACUAGCUCACAAGAAAUUUCUGGGUUCAAAGACGCCGAAAACUCAGACUGACACAAGUAUUUUUGGGAUGCAAAACCUAAAAGAAGACAAACCCAAGCCAGUGAGAGAUGAAUACGAAUACGUCUCGGAUGAGGGAGAACUGAAGAUUGAUGAAUUCCCCAUUAGACGAAAAAAGAACAACCUAAAGAGAGACCUUUCCUGUGAGUACUGUUUUUUGUCAGAAGUCAGAGAACCAAUUCAGCCAACCAAAAAAACAAAGACCAAGCCCUUGGUGUCGAAGAAUCAGAGUGCUGAUUCUUCAGAUGAAGAAACUCUCCAUAUAGACACAGACGCCAAGCCCGAGGGUAAAUGUCGCAACUUCAACACAAUAAUGAAUAAAAAAAGUGGCAGUGCGGCAGGUAUUCUUGACUUGCUGCAGGCCAGCAAGCAAGUGGGUGGAAUUGACUACAGCACCAACAGUCAGCCACCCGCAUCUCCCAGCACACAGGAGGCCAUUCAGGGCAUGCUGUCCAUGGCGAACCUGUCGUCAUCAGACAACUUGCAACAAUCGUGGAGCAGCAAUAGUCAGUCAAAGAACAUCUGGCACAUGCACAGCUCGCUAGCCAGUAAGAAGGCCAGCAGAGGAGUUGGCAAUGGUCGCAGCAGCAACAGCAGGCAGUUCACUAAAUGCCUCUUGAAGAAAGCCCGGAAGAGCAGCAGUAUUGAGAGUCAUUAUUAUGAUGACCAGGAUCACAUGGAUGCAUGCUUUAAAGACUCAGAUUAUGUUUAUCCGUCGUUGGAGUCUGAGGAGGAUAAUCCCGUUUUCAAAUCCAGAUCGAAAAAACGGAAAAACAGCGAUGACAUUCCAUACAGCCCAACAGCUCGUGUAGGACCCUCGGUUCCUCGACAGGAAAGGCCUGCAAGAGAAGGAGCACGUGUAGCCUCCAUAGAAACAGGCCUGGCUGCUGCUGCAGCGAAGCUCUCUCAUCAGGAGGAGCAACAAAAAACUAAGAAGAAGAAAAUCAUCAACAAGAAAACAACAGUGAUAGAGGAGCCACUACAAAUCUCUCAGGAUAGUAGCUCGUCAGAUCACAAUCUGGACUCCCAAGAUGGAAGCCUCACAGACCAUGAGUUGAACAGCGAAACCGUCAAGUUGCAAGGAGGGCCGCAGCCCAUGGCACCAGGGGUGUUCCUCAGCCAAAGAAGACCAUCCAUGUCUUCUCCGAACAGCAACUCAACUGGCACCCAUAGUAACUCUAUGACAAGAGGGGAUCGUGGCGUUUCUGCAGAUGCUAAAACUAAGCGGCUAAAGAAAGGCAUGGCAACAGCAAAACAGAGACUUGGGAAGAUUUUAAAGAUCCAUCGAAAUGGAAAACUGCUCCUGUAGCAUGCAGCGAACUGCAGGACUGGGAUGUUGUUGAACUGGGUCCCACCCUCUUGUUUUUCAUGAUUAAAGUUAACAGCGACAAAAAAAGAUGAGAUGGGAAAGAAGAAAUCAUGGAUUUUUCAAUUUCAAAACUAACAUCGCACAUACAUUACUGCCUCUCCUCAUACUUUAUAACUUUGAGAUAUUAAAGUGUACAUACCUACUAUAAAUAUUUUUAAUAAAACGUCUCACUUUACAACAUCAGUUUUCAGGGGUUGCUAAAACAUGAAGCAGAAGUGCAUUGCAGGCGUUCCAAGAUUUCAGAAAUUUUCCAUUGCAUGUAUUCAAUUGCAUGUGUCCUUGGGUUUGGGAAUUGGAACAACAAUUUGCCACACCGAAUUGAGAAAGAGCAAAAUGACCUCAAUUUGUUACCUUCCGGACGAGGCUCAUCCUGAGCAAUUACUGUUUUGUUAAUAAGUAAGUUUCCAAAUCAUUAUCAGAGUCAAUGUUUAUUUUUUUUGUACUGAGUCACUAGAAACGAGGAUUUUAAGAAAUGAAAAAGUGAAUGUGGGUAGCAACAGCGUAUUUAGCGAAGCCAUUGGGAAAGGUAGGACUACACACCGAGACAAACUUGUUGGUACAUCUCUGUUAAUGAAAUUUUAAAAAACACAAUAAUCACAAAAAUAACUUGAAACUGACAAAAGAAAUAAUAGAUACAAAUUUACUGAAAGUUAACCGAUGAUUUCUGUUACUGUCAAUGAGAAUAGUACGUCUCGACAGAUAUUUGGCCUUCUCAGGUUUGAAGGAUGCCUUCUCUAGACUUGCAAUUGUCCAAUAGUAUUUACAUUGGGAGAAUUGCAGUAUAUUAGCACUCUUUGCAGGACUGUGAAAAGUGCGGAAUUCUGCGGAUUUUCCUCAGAGAGAAAUCAUUUAUGUAAAUCGUCGAAAUUUGCACAAAAAAAGGUUCUGUGGGGGUUAACGUAGUACUCGUCUGUAAUCAGGACCGUCAUAUUUACAGCAAUGAAGACCGUAUUACGGCAGGCAAAAUGUAACUCAUUCUCCAUUUAUAUUUUAUCGGUGCGAUCUUUCUUCUUUCUACACAUUUAAAUUCAUUGUAUGCUACCACGUUUUUACAUUAAGUUUGCGGUCUGAGGUCCUGAGCACUCUGGAGAAGGUUUUCGUCCAGGAUAUCCCUGUAUUUGGCCGCAUUCGUCUUUCCUUCGAUUGCAACCAGUCGUCCUGUCCCUGCAGCUGAAAAACACCCCCACAGCACGAUGCCGCCGCCACCAUGCUUCACUGUUGGGACUGUAUUGGACAGGUGAUGAGCAGUGCCUGGUUUUCUCCACACACAGCGCUUAGAAUUAAGGCCCAAAAGUUCUAUCUUGGUCUCAUCAGACCAGAGAAUCUUAUUUCUCACCAUCUUGGAGUCCUUCAGGUGUUUUUUAGGAAACUCCAUGCAGGCUUUCAUGUGUCUUGCACUGAGGAGAGGCUUCCGUCGGGCCACUCUGCCAUAAAGCCCUAGGAAGGGUUCUGGUCGUCCCAAACGUGUUCCAUUUAAGGAUUAUGGAGGCCACUGUGCUCUUAGGAACCUUAAGGGCAGCAGAAUUUUUUUAGUAACCUUGGCCAGAUCUGUGCCUUGCCACAAUUUUGUCUCUGAGCUCUUCGGGCAGUUCCUUUGACCUCAUGAUUCUCAUUUGCUCUGACAUGCACUGUGAGCUGUAAGGUCUUACAUAGACGGAUGUGUGGCUCUCCUAAUCAAGUCCAAUCAGUAUAAUCAAACACAGCUGGACUCCAGUGAAGGUGUAGAACCAUCUCAAGAAUGAUCAGAAAAAAUCGACAGCACCCGAGUUAAAUAUGAGUAUCACAGCAACGGGUCUGAAUACUUAUGGCUGUGUGAUAUUUCAGUUUUUCUUUUUUAAUAAAUCUGAAAAGAUUUCAACAAUUCCGUUUUUUUUCUGUCAAUAUGGGGUGCUGUGUGUACAUUAAUGAGGAAAAAAAUGAACUUUAAUGAUUUUAGCAAAUGGCUGCAAUAUAACAAAGAGUGAAAAAUGCAAGGGGUUCUGAAUAUUUUCCGUACCCACUGCAAAUAUAUGUGUGUGUGUGUGUGUGUGUGUGUGUGAGUGAGUGAGAGAGCGAGAGCCCCCCCUCUCUGAUUUUACUUUUUCCAAUUCACAGCCCUGUCUUCAGAAUAGUCCAUUUGGCUUUUUUUUUUUUUUUUUCUUAGUUUGUGUCUUUAUCCCGACAUGAGACCCGCGACCUGCAACCAAGCUUUCUGACACUGUGCAGUACCGUCCUCUCCGGAAUGCCUUGCAUGCCUUGAGAUUUCUUUUCAUCCAAUAUACAGUGCUGUGAAAAAGUAUUAGCCCACUUCUCAAAUUCAUAUAUUAUUGCAUAGUUUCCCCACUUUAAAAUCAUCAAAUGUGUAAAUAUCAAACAAAGAUAACCCAAGUAAACACAAAAGACUUUCUAAAUGGUGAUUUUAUUUAUUAAAGGGACAUUGUAUUACAUUUUCAGUUGAUUACUGGCCAAAAUUGUGUUAUCAUUGGUUUAUUAUGACCUCUGCUAAUAAUCUGGUGCAUUCUCGUAAGCGAAGAAUUUUAGAUUUAUUUAUACAUGAGUGGUGACCCAGUAGGGGAGCACCAUGACAGUCUGCCAUCUUGAAACUGAAGUUGCCAGCGUUCUCCUUAACAAGUCAGUCAACACUGCUUAAAUUAGCCUAAAGGUAACUUUUUUUGCAAUUCCACCCCACCCCCCCCCCCCCCAUAAGAAUUUGAGAAGGGGGCCAAUACUUUUUCACGGUACUGUAGGUUCGAGACACCCUGUGCCACUUUUAGCAAAGCAGCCCCAGACCUCACAGUAGGUAAAGUGUUCUUUUCCUUGAACACAGGGCACAGCCUAAAUUGUUCAUACACAUUUGUAGAAAAAAUUAAAAACCAUAAUCACUGGAAUAACUUGGGACACUGGAAUUUGCUGAAAUGUACGAGUAUAUUGACAAGCCACAAUGCUUCUGAGAAAAUUCUUGUGACGAUUAUGAUUACGAUUUUUUUUUUGCUUGUCUGAUGUGUACAAAGAAAAUAACACUACGUCAGAGGUGUGGACUCCAGUCACAUGACUUGGACUCGAGUCAUGAACUUGAUGACUUUAGACUUGACAAUAUGUUAAAAGGCUACAACUUGACUUGGACUUCAACAGCAAUGACUCGUAACGUCACUUGGACUUAAACCCAUUGACUUGAAAAAACUUGCGACUUUGAUUGAAGCGCUGAUAAACCAACACUUAGUAGCUUUCUCUUUCCAAAGCUAUGCAGACCCAUUCCAAAAAAAAUUGAAUAUGAUAGAAAUGUUUAUUUAUUUCCAUAUUUCCAUUCAAAAAGUUAAACUUUCAUAGGUUAUAGAGUCAGGGGCCACAAUUUAAACAAUUUCAGGUAUUUAUUUGUUUAUUUUUACAUAAUUUGGGCUUCCAGCUCAUAAAACCCACAAAAUCAGGAAUUCAAAAAGUUAGAAUACUGUGAAGAAAUCAGCCCAAAUUUUACAGGCCAUAAAUGUUUGAAACUGAGUGUCAUUAAAUAGCUUCAGUUUGGUUCAAUUGUCUCAGUUGGUUCAAUAUGGGGAAGACUGAAGACUUGACAACUGGCUAGAAGAGCAUCAUUUGUACCCUCCAUAGGAUGGCUAAGCCACAAACGUUCAUAGCUAAGGAGGCUGGCUGUUCACAGAGUGCUGUGUCCAAGCAUAUCAAUGGAAAGUCUAGCAGAAGGACUAAAUGUGGCAGGAGCGCAAAAGAGAUGACCCUGUGGCUUCUGCGGAUUAUCAUCCAUCCAGCCAUUUUCUGUACAGAGACGAUUUAAGAAGCAGAGAUCCAGAAAGAGUGGAAUGAGGUGCGAGUCACAGCUUCAAAAACCACCACAUUCAGUCGCAUCCGGGAGAUGGGCUACAACUGUCAGGUUCCUUGGGUCAAGCCACUUCUGAGCCUGAGCCAACAUAGGAAGAGUCUCAACUGGGCCAAGGAGAAGAAAGACUGGACUGUUGGCCAGUGGUCCGAGGUCCUCUUUUCCGAUGAAAGUAAAGUGUGCCUGUCAUUCGGGAAUCAAGGUCCAAGGGUUUGGAGGAAGGUAGGUGAAGAACAGAACCUAAGCUGCUUGAGGUCCAGUGUCAAAUAUCCACAGUCAGUCAGGAUUUGGGUGCAAUGUCCAGUGCAGGUGUUGGUAAACUCUGCUUUCUUAAAUCCAAGGUCACCACAACGGUCUACCAGAAUGUUUUAGAGGACUUCAUGAUUCCUUCUGCUGAGGAUCUGUAUGGAGAUUCAGAUUUUAUCUGCCAGCAGGACCUGGCCCCUGUCCAUACCGCCAGAAGCACCAAAACCUGGUUUGAUGCCCAUGCCAUCACAGUGCUUGACUGGCCAGCCAACUCGCUGGAUCUAAACCCCAUUGAGAAUCUAUGGGGUAUUAUCAAGAGGAAAAUGAGGGGCACCAGACCCCAAAACAAAGAAGAACUGACAGCAAAUCUCGGCUUCCAUAACUCCCAGGCAAUGAACGCCACAGGCUGAUUGCCUCAAUGCCACGGCGCAUCCAGGCUGUGAAUAAAGCAAAGGGAUCCCCAACCAAGUAUUGAAGAUUAACAUAUCGUUUUGAAAGUAACAUAUUUUGAUUGACUUAAUGAGACCCUCAUUUGUUUCUCUUUUCUUUUCUCCAAAGACUGAGAAGUAAAUGGUGAUUUCUUCACAGUAUUUUAAUUUUGGGAAUUCCUGAUUUUGUGAGUUUCAUGAGCUGGAAACCCAAAUUAUGUAAAAAUAAACAAAUAAAUACUUGAAAUUGUGGGCCCUGCAGCUAUAAUCUAUGAAAGUUUAACUUUUUGAAUGGAAUUAUGGAAAUAAAUAAACUUUUCCAUGAUAUUCUUAUUUUUUGGAAAGGGUCUGUAUGUGCAAUUUACUGCUUGACUCCAGGAACAUGUGAUAAAAGAAGUUACAACAUAAUGCUAAGGACUUUAUGAUUAUUUAUUAGGUCAAAGUGUCCCACACCAUUAAUGCUAAUGUGUAGUUAGUUGUUAUCUUUUAACAGUUAACACCCUGUUGGGCAAGCUCUGGUAGAGGAAUUGACCAAAAGGUCUUUCUUUCACACACUACCUAAAAUAAUGGUUUUAUAUAAAAAAAAAAUGGACAACAUAAAUCAACAAUAAAUGUGACAGCUAAAUAAGGUGUACAUUCCAAGAACCACUGUUAACAUACACAGAAACGACAACGACAUUUAACGUAACAAUAAGGACGUUAUUUAUUGCAAGCCCCCCCCAAAAAAAUUCACAUUGCAUUGUGGGAAUCGUGCAGCUUGAGCUCACGUACGCUUUUUUCGCUAGCAUUAGAAGCUAGCUUUGUGAGCGAUCACGCAAAUAAUAAUAAUAAUUACACGGAGGGCCGGCUGUACACUGUUUGGGCUACCUGUACAUUACAGUCUGGUUUUGUCAGUGUAGUGUUCUCAAGAAUCAGUCAUGUGCUGUAUUUCUUUUUUAUUGACUUUAUUUACCAAUCGAUCAGCACACAGCUAGCAUCUAUUCGACAUGAAACUACAUUCUUCUCUGCCUCUUUUUGACCUAUUUUUACAUAGUACCCUCUAGUGUUCCAACUGAAAUACCACAGUUGGAUAAAAUUGUACCUUUAUAACAAGGUGACAAACUUGUGUUCCUCUUUUUAUAAAUGAAUGCCUUAUUUUUUUUUAUAUAGGAAAUGUCAAGUUUAAAGUUAAAUCUAUUUAUAUUUGCGUUUGAAAUUGCCUCACUCGAAAUGUUUGUAGACAAGAAAAUGCAGUUUCCAGCUGUAUGUACAAUGUGAAAGAAAAAAAUACUGUUGAUGAUCUAAAAGCCAAUUGCUCGUUCAUUAUUAAGUGAAAUGGCUGAUUUUCUCUUGUGUAUUCAUAAUUGCUCUUUAACCAAGGAAAAAUAUAUUUUAACCUUAUACUUGAUUAUGCCGAUAGAAUCGUCAGUCAAAUACUCGAUUCCUAAUUGCGGCAAUACUGGAUGCAAAUUCAUAUUUGAGACAGGUCUGUUUAGUGUCACUUCAGGGAUAAAGUGAGAAAAAGUAAGUCAUAGCCUAACAUUUUCAUAGAAUAACUGAAAACCUACUAUCAAUCGGUUUUGAAGGGGAAAUAAACUAAGCCCCCCCUUGACGAUUGGCUUUGAAGGUGCAAAAAUCUUGAUCAGUCCACUCGUUUUCUUAUAAAGGUUCAAUGCACUUGUUUAUCAAAUUUUUUUUUAUAAAUACAUAUGGAUUUUUAAAUAUAUAAAUGCAGUAUAUAACAUAUACAGUAGAUAGUAAUUAAAUAUAAAUAUAUAUAUAUUCAAAUGUUUUUGCUGGUAAAAUGACUCGAAAGGACUCGAAACUCAAAGUGUAGGACUUGCAUGUCUCAACUUGGGACUUGAGGGCAAAGACUUGAGAUUUACUUGCGGCUUGCAAAGCAGUGACGUGGUCCCACCCCUGCUUCACGGGCCUGUGAAUAAUAUCCAGGUCAUUUCAUUCUCUGGGCACCGAAUCGAUCGCAACCAGAAUGGUGCAGUUGCAAUCGAGUCAAUGCUCUGAGAACACUGUACCCGCUCUCAAAUCAAACAGCAGGAUGGCUUAUGUUCUGGGGGUGCUUUGCUACCGGGUGCAAAGAAAUCUCAACACUCUCGAGGCAUUCUGGAGCGAAAUGGCCUGCCAAAUAUCAGAAAGCUUAUUUUGCUGUUGCAGGGCAUGGGUCAUCCAACAGGCUCAAAACACAAUCGCACAGCUCUUCAGAAACAAGAAUGGCUGAGAACAAAACAUUGGACUAUUCUUAAGAGUCCAGGUAUAAAUGCGAUUGGACAUCGGCGAAAGAAGCUGAACCAGUCUGGAGACGGCACCCUUGAAACCUGGGAAUGUUGAGUAGUGGACCAAAUUCCCUGUCAAGACAUGCUAAAAGUCUCAAUGACAGUUACAGAAACAGUUUGAUUGCACUAAUUCCCUAAAGAGGUUGUACAAUACAAUAUUAAUUUAAGGGCACCAUCAUUGCGCUGGAUAAUUUGGUUGAACUACAGAAAUGAGCUACCUGUCUGAGUUUCAUUGGUUAAUUUAGUAAUAAGUCUUUCUUCAUUAUUGCUUUUGUCAGUUUGAAGUUAUUUUAGUGAUCGUUGUGGGUUUUUUCUUUCAUGAAGAGAAGCGUACCAGCAAUUCUAAGUGGCGGGAGAUGUCUGUAAUUGGCGUUCAGGACGUUCUUAUUCAAAUGACAUCGAAUGAGAUGAUACUCAAUGAUAAGCCUCAUCCAUUUCAGUUCUGCAAUUACAUGGGGGAUACGUUCUAUCUUCUUUUGCUUUCACAGGCAGCACCAACAUUCUCAAGUCAUCUGCAUUUUUAUGGCUUCUCACUGAAUUUAGAAUGUAGCUUGUAAAUAACCUUUCGAAUGCUUACCUUUUGUAUUCCUUCCUAUUUUCUACAUUUUUAAUAAAUGCAAAUAUUUAUAUGUACAUAUAUACUUAUUCACACAAACACACACAAAUACCUCCACCCCGCCACACACACACACACACAAGCACACACACGUAACAUGGUCCGGAGUGUAGUACUAUAAUUCUGCAUUACAGUGUAACAUUUUUAUUAAGACCAUUAUAAUUUUUUGUUGUGUUGGGAUUAAUGGUGUUGCCUGGGAAACAACUGAAUAAAUUGGACAUUUUAUUUUCAUACGGCCUUACAUGCACAAAGCUAAAGGAGCUAUUUGUAUUGUGGUACUGUUUAAACAAGAGAUGGAUCUUUGAGUUCCAAUGAUCUAAAAGAAAAAACAGUCUUAAAGUUUCUACGACCAGCCACACAUUCUAGUUCUAGUAUCCAAAGGGUUUCAGAAUUAUUUUACUAGCACCUUGUGAAGUGUUUAUGUGUCCGUGAUGUAAUUUAUUAAUGUUUGUAGCUUUUUAUACAUUUCAAGAGGUUUUUUUUUUUUUUUUUUUUUUUAAGAUAUUUUUAUUAAUUUGUGAAUUUAUGGUUGCAAGUGGAUUAAUUUGUACCCACACCAAAAUCCAAAACAAAAUGUGUUUUUCAUCCACCCUGUCUUGCUACAUAAUUAUUUUGGAAUAAUAUACUGUAGUUAUAAACAUCAAUGCUUUCAUUGUUAUUUUAUUAUGGUCGUGUUCAUUUUUUGUGCUUUACGGUAUAGCAGCAAUAUUUUUGUCUUAAAUGUACUAUACACGACAAAUCACAAAAAUGAUGCGGUCUGACUAAUUUCCAUCAGUGAGUGAUGGCCUCCGAUUUUAAUUUGUAUAAUAUGUGUUGCUUUGUUGUGGUCUAUUUAUGUCUGAUCUAUUAAAUGCAUCCACAGUCCCGUUACACAGAAUGGUAUUCGUUGUAGUGGUCUUCCCUUACUGUCAGUUACAGUAGUAUCUUUUUCAACCUGAAUAUACAUUUUUGUGUAUUUAGAUGAUUCUGUUUGAGAUAGUUUUUCCCUUUUUCAUGGUGUUGGAACAUGGUUAAUUCUGAGCAACAAGCAAAUUGUUGUUUAAUGAUAUGCCUGUCCACUUUGUUUACAUUUACAAUACAGUUACUGUGGAAAACCA